GAGGAAAAAGAGACACAAAGAAAGAGGGAAAAAGGAAAAAAGGGAAGGGAAGAGAGAAGGAAAGGGCCCACCGAGCGGGACCAGGAUGAGAGCGGGACCAGGAUGAAGGCGUUUCUCAAGCAUUAUGUAAAUAUCCUAGGAAAUCCUUAGUUCUUAUUAACAAAGGAAAUUGAAAUUUCUGCAUUUCCCUGGAGGUUUUUUUGGGCUACAGUUAUACAUGUGUUAAUUAGUAAGAUGUAUACAGUACAGUUUAUUGUACUGUGUAGAUUUACUCCUUCAGGACUUGGAAUCUGCAUGAAGUCCUGCAUUAAUGUAGCUUGUUCCGGCGUGUUUAGUAAAGAGAGACCUGGAGGACUUCGAUCCAGCUGGCACUUUGGCCAAGGUCUUGCUGUUCCUUUGAACACAUCUGGUAAACAUACCUAUUUACUUGGAAGUGCAUAGUCACUACGUUUGUCUAGGCACAUACUCUACUAAAACUUUAAUUUUUAUAAGCAAGUAAACCUGCACGAUACAAUUUUUAUCAAAUCAGUGUUGAGCUGUGGGCUUCUAGUGAAUAAAGGGUGCAGGGGACUAUUCAGGCCAUGCUAAAUCCUGAGGCUUGUGUUUUCUGUCAUCAAGAAUUGGCUUCAGUUCGUCAGUCCAUCCCCCCCCCCCCCAACCUCAGUCUGCUGUGCAAAUUCUAAAUAGUCAGCCUGAGAAUAGGAAGUAAUACUGGUGACCUCAGUUAAUGGGUGGUGUGAGUCCGAAGGGGGAAAGCUUAUGGCUGAAAAUCAGAAAGACAGUAGGUCUGCGUUCAUGUUCGCAUGUUGCACUCCAGUCGGGAUGCUGUGAGCUGUUGCGCCCAAAUCCUAUGGCCUGGAGUUCCUUCGGUAGCAGUUUUCAAGCAAGACCAAGCUAAUCUAGUUGAAAUGAGCUUUUAAGUGGACAGUACAUUGAUUUCUCUCUCUCUCUCUCUCUUUUUUUUUUUUUUUUUUGCGCAUGUGAGCUAAUAGCUGCUACAUGCUGCAGUUUCCUGAAAUGACUUAGGGACCUCCUUGCUCUCACUCUGGACGUCAGGGUAGCGAAAAGAUGAGUAAGGACAGUUUAGGGCACGUGAACAGGGAGUCUGCACUUUGACUAUAAACUGCAAAGUGCUUCCCUUAAAAAUUAGAUUCACUAGUUUAACUACUGUGUAAUACACGUUCAUUUUUUUUGCCCUGCAUUUAAAUGUACAUUUAUUUAGGUAGUGUGUUUUGCGAUUCAUUAUAAGGUAAAUAACUAAUUACAGUCAGAUACAUUUUAAAAAAUAUAUUGUCACUCGGUUAACUGCUUUAACUUAGACUCUUUGCCGACUCACUUGCCCAGGAAAUAUCAACUUCGGGAAAAAUUAAAAAAAUAACACAGGCACGAUUUCCCUGAGCAUUGGUGAGGAGACCGUCAUGGGGGUGGUACCCACAAGACUGCUUUGUUCUUCCUAAGAAUUAAAUUAUGAUGUGCAUAAUAAAUGGUCCAGUGUGGUACAGUUCUAGCCGUUGCCAAGCAACAGGGCCUCUUGUUUGUUUUGUUUCUGUUCUGGUCCCUAGUAAGGACCUAUCCUUCCUUUGGUGCAGGAAAAAUACCUUAAAAAUUAAAAGAAAAAAAAAGGCAACCUUCUCUAUUGAUAUUUAGAAAGCCAGAUCGAAAACUAUAUUAGAUUAACCCAUCCUCCUUGAUGAUUGGAAAUCCAGGAGUUUUAUAGUUAAAGGGAAAGGGGACACCAGAAGACAAUACACAGUCACGCAGAGUUCUAAAGAGGAAAGCCAUGGCCCUGGAUUGGCAGCACGCGCCUGGAAAGAUAAGCAUCGCUGAACGGUCCUUCCUUUCCAGAGCGAAGGCUGUUGAGAACAGAGAUUACCCACACUACUGUCAGCUCUUAAGGAAACUGAACAUGCCUUUUGUGAGAGGGGUUGAGGACAGACACGACUGCGGCAGGAUUGAGAAGAAGGGCAGCCCAGCUUUCCUCAAGUUCCAGCCCCACCCGCCUUCUGUGCUGCCGGACUACCAUUUGCACUACCCUCACCCGCCGCCGCCCGGCCCGGGUUACCCGCUGUGUCCCCUGCGGGAUGAUGUCCCCCUGGGGGAUCCCUGCUCGGGGUUUCUGAGUCCUGGUGGCGACGCCGAGUUAAGGCCUGGCGUUGGCAGGAGCGUCCCAAGCCUGGCAGACGUCAGCGAUGUGAAGCCCCAGCACCGCGUCCCCAGGCCGGAUGCGGGAUUUCAGACGGCGUUGAAAAGGGAAAAAGUUUUAUUGGAAGAGCUGCAGCAGGGCAGGAGGUGGAAUUCCAGGGCGGUACCAGACGUCUCCAUCAGAGCAAGACUUGGAGGUUGGACGAGCCCCGUGAAGGUCACUCCGCUGCAGCCUCGUCGUGAAGGAUGCUCAGUAAAUCACACAUACACGUUUGAUGAGGACGCAGCGCGUACAGAUGAUGGAGAGCCGCUUUUACAGCCAAACAAGAAAUCUAAUGCCAAAAGCUCAUUUUACAAGUCCUCUACACAAAAAGCUUACGAAAUGGUCCCUUGGGACAAGAUGAUACCGCCAAAACUUGAUCCAGAAGAAACAACGGUGGAAAAAGCUGCUGACCUCGUCUCGCAGUGUUUUACACUGAAAAGAUAUGAAUCAUCUCCAGCAAUAACUCAGAUGGUCGGUGGACUCUGGGACAGGUUUCAAACGAGAUCUUUCUUGGCCCCGGUGAAACCAGUUAACUUUGUGAGUCCGAGUUCCAGAAGCAAAUACAUUCCCCUCUAUACUGGCUGUGUGCAGUCUACAGAUGCCGAUGACCUUGACAACCCCUGGGGCGACAUCAUGUCCCUCGCCAAGCCCCGGAGCUCGGAAAUUCUCCGCACGACCGCGAGUCGCUCUGCACAUAUUCCUGGAUAUGCUGGUAAGGUUCAUUUCGCAGCCACCCACCCGGCAAAUUCGGAUGUUCCAUCGAUGACCCCCUCUCCAGAUUCAGAAGUGCAGAGCAUCUUACGGCAAGCAAUGGUGGUCGACAUGUUCCGUCACCAGGCACCGCUGUCCCGGAUGGUCACGACUGUAAAACCGUACAACCCCUUCAAUAAGAAGGAAAAUGGAAUGGUAGGCUACUGAGAGACACCUGCCCUCCGAGGGGGACCUGAGCCUUGGGGAGGCACUGUGCCAGGUGCAGGGGCAAAUAAAGGAAAUUUUA